AGAGAGAGAGAGAGAGAGAUGUUUAUAGAACUGGAAUCAAGUAGAAUAGAGUGAGUGAGAAGGGCGGACAGAGAAAGGUGGUGGAAAAGAGAGAGAUACUUGGUUGGUACCGCAUGAAACGUUCAGGCAUGUCUCGAACUCCUGGCAUGCCCGUUGUUGCUGACUGAUAGGAAUUAUUGUGUAGUAUGUUCUCAGUUUUAUCAUCCUCUCAACGCGUCUUCAGCUAGUGUCAAUAAGUUAAUAAAUUUUAAGCAUAAAUAUAGUAUUAUUAUCGUUUAUAUUGUAUCAUUGUCCAGCAAGUAUAUUGUGAAUGUUAUUCGUUAAGUGGUUGAUAUUGUAUCUAGAUGGUUUACAUUUGACAGUGAAAGAGAGUCUCCUUGAGAGACACUUGUGGAAACAAGAAUUACUCGAACGAGUUUUUCAAGUGACAGUGCGUGGAUUUUGUAAAAAGUAUAUGUCUGUAUAUACUACAUAUAUAUUUAUCUUCCUUUUUCUUACUUUAAAAUAUAAUGGAAUCGAAUGAGAUAGAGGUUAGUAGAUGUGAAGCUUUUGAUACUACCAAGUGCUCUGUUUCAAUUGAAAACUAAAAAAUAAAGAUAAAAAAAAAAAAAUAUUGAAAAUACAAUUUGAUAUCAAUGAAGAGGACGUGUAAUUUUAAUUUAUUUGUUUUAAAUUUAAACUUUAAAAUAACAUGGCUUUUACUUGUCAUGAACUUUACUGUAUAAUUCACUCGUCAAUAACAUUAUAGAAUUAUUUAAUUUUUUAUGUGAAAGAUUAUUGAAAAAUCAUAAAAUAAAAAACGUCGGGUAGAUAUAUAAAAUGAAUAAUAAAAAAACGAAUUUAAAAUGAUAUAAUUAAUGAAAAAAAAAAAAAAAAUAUUAUAGGAGAGGAGAAUGCAGUGUAUAAGUGUGGUGAAGUGAGUGUAAUUUCAAAAAAAUUCCCCGGGAAGUGAUAAAGUGCACGAUAUAGAAUUAAAAGAAAUAAAAGUGCAACGCGGGAACUGAAAGUGCAGGAAGACUUGAGCAAGUAAGACAAGUGUCCUCCGGGGUUUUUGCAUCGGUGCGUUGGGUCGUUUUGUGAGAUCCACGCUCUUUUUUCUAUCUAUCUCUUCCUCUUUCUCUAUAUCACUUUCUUUCUCUUUCUAACUCAUUCGAAUUCUUUAUCUACUCUGUGUAUAUCCCGGCAAUGUUAAUGGUGGAAUUCCGCUCUAGAAGAAUCUGAAGGCGGGGACUCUGACGUCACUCCGCUCAUGAUAAUGAGAGUGCAGUAAAAUAUGCCAAGGAGACGAAAUGGGGAGAUACCGCUUCCGGAAGGGUGGGACGUUGCUCAAGACUUCGAUGGAAAAGUGUACUUCAUCGAUCAUAAUACAAGAAAAACAACUUGGAUCGAUCCGAGGGAUAGAUUCACAAAACCUCAGACAUUCGCCGACUGCAUUGGAAAUGAAUUACCCCUUGGUUGGGAAGAAGCUUGCGAUAAACAUGUGGGUGCUUAUUACAUCAAUCACGUCAAUCAGACUACCCAACUUGAGGACCCAAGACAAGAAUGGAGAGCUAUUCAAGAAGCUAUGCUUAGAGAAUAUUUGCAAACUGCACAGGACGUACUUGAGGCAAAGAAAGAAAUUUACGAUGUUAAACAACAGAGGUUAUGUUUAGCUCAAGAUGAAUAUGACCACCUUAAUAAUGCUUUGACAACCCUUGGAGCUUCACGUACAAGUUUGUGCUCCAGCUCAAGUUCUCUCAGUACAAAGUAUGAUCCUGAUCUUCUGAAGUCUGACGUAGCUCUGGCAAGGAGUCGUGUAUCAAGGCUCAAGAGAGAAUUGGAACAGAUAAGAGCUGAAAUGAAUUGUACACAACGCGGAGUUGACACGUUAGCAAGUGUGGAACUAAAACUCAGUGCUCAUCAAGGUGGCUGUUACAAUAUAACAGAAGCUCAAGCUAUAAUGACAGAAUUAAGAAAUAUUCAAAAGUCUUUAAGCUCAGGUGAAAAAGAGAAGGCUGAAUUAAUGCAAUCUUUAGCGCAGCUUAAAGACGAAUUAACAAGAUUACAAUUGUGUGAAAGUAGCCCAGAUGCCAGUACACUAAGUUUACCACAAGAUAAAUUAAGUACUGCAUCUCAAACAGAUUUAUCUGGUGAAUUAGGAUCUAUCGGAACAAGAUUAGCUGAGAUGGCACGUAUGAGGUUAGAGUAUGACGAAGCUCGUAAACGAGUCCAACAUAUUCAACAGCAGUUAGCUGAUUUAGAGGAAAAAGUAACACCGGGUCAGACGGAAAGUGACAAAGAUAAACUUUUAUUGUUUCAAGAGAAAGAACAGCUUCUUCGAGAACUAAAAAGCAUUACACCUCGUACAAGAACUCAGCAAGAUAUGAAAAAAAUUCAGUGCGAAAUUCGUAAAUUAGAGCAAGAUCUUACCAAUGCCUUAGAGCUAUCCAAUAAAACUAUAACAGAUCGUGUCCGUCUUCAUGAAGAAAGACAAUUGCUUUUACAGCAGUUACGAGAUGCACUGAGAUCAAUGACAAUGUUAGAGAGUCAAUUAAAAACAUUAAGUGCAAGCACAUUAUCUGUUAGUAGCAGUUCAAGUUUAGGAAGUCUCAGUACGACUAGUAGCAAAGGAAGUCUUAGUUCGGGUCUCAGCUUUACAGAUAUUUAUGGAAGUCCCCAGUGUCUUGGUCCAGUUCAACAAGAACGUCCAGUAGAUAUGGUUGACCUCCAUAGACGCGUUGAGAGACUUCUUCGAGGAUCCGAACAGAAUCUUGGAAGUACCGGAACACCAUCAUCAGGUCGAUCACAACCAAGUCUGUCACCAAGGUCUAGCUUAUCCAGUGUUAGUCCUCCAGUUUCUCCAUUAUAUGAAAAUGCUCCUGUAGGACCACCACCAGCUUACGAACAAGUUGAAAUGCAAAGAAAACAACAACAAAGACUCUUUGGAACCACUACUACUACUCACAUAGAUCGCUGUCAAUUAGAGGACAAAUUAGCUGAACUUAAAAUCAGUCAGCAAGCCAUUCAAGAACAGAAAACUGAACGACUUAAAGCCAGUUCACAACCACCUCUUGAAAUCCAAUCUGGAAAUAUGUCUCAAGGUAGCGGAUUAGGAAGGCCUGCUCACUCAUUACCCCAAGAACCUCCACUUUCACCUAUUAGUGAGACACCACCUCCUAUGGACAGUAGGUCCAGAGCGAGCAGUUCGGGAACUAAUACCAGAUCUGUAUCUGCUGCCGUAUCUGAUGAAAGUGUAGCUGGAGAUUCUGGAGUCUUUGAAGCUUCUAAUAGAAAGAGACCAUCAAGGUUACAAAACUUUAAUACUCUUGCCUUUGGAGAUAUGAAUCUGGAAACUGCACAAGUGCAAAUUAAACUUAGAUAUUCUAUCAGUGAUGGGCUUCUUCAUAUUGGUAUUGAAAGAGCGAGAAAUUUAGCAGCUCUAUUUAUACCUGAAAAUAGUAAAGUGUAUAUUAAGGCGGCUUUAUUGCCCAUGCAACCACCAAACAACCAUAUGUGUUGUACAAAACCAAUUAUGGAUCUUCGUAAGCCUACAUUUGGUGAGAGUUUUCCCAUCUCUGUGCCACUUAACAAACUUUACACCAAGACGUUACAAGUUAAUGUAUGGUGUGCAAGCGGCGAGCCUGAGGAGUGCUUGGGUUCAGCCCAAGUCUCACUUGCAAACUUUAGUCCCGAAUCACCCAGCAUAAAGUGGUACAAUAUUUUAUCCUUUCGUUUUAUGCAAUUAUCAACGUCUGAUAAUUCAAGCACGAGUACAAGCUCAAUCUCUUCUAAACUCACUAAACAUGACAAACAAGAGUCAGAUAUUUCUGUUUGUAGAAGUGGAGUUCAGUUACAAAAUACGAAAGAAGAGAGCAGUGACGAAAGUACUAUAAUCAGUUCACAGACAUCUACUCUUACACGAAAUCAGGGCUGCGAUGAAUUACAAACGGCUGUCUCUUUGCGAUUAGAAGAGCUUGCUAAUUGCUUAGGCAGUCCUGAGGAAGAAGAUGAAGAGAGAGAUAGUGAUAGUGUGAGUGAAGAUAGUGAUGAAGAAGGUUUACUAGUUGAAUUUAUGAUGGAGGACAACAUAUUAGAGGAUGUUCUCGAACAUGAAGAAGAAGAAGAAGAAGAUGAAGAUGAAGAAGAAGAAAGACUGUCAGAAGAGUCUAAUCAAACUCAAGAUAAAGAAACAAACACUGAGUGUAUUUUUAUUCCAGAACAGGGUAAACAAAGAAAACUAUCAGCUGCAGGAAUUGUUCUUGGUGCGGUACAUGAUGAUAAGAAUUCAAUUGUUAUUAAGCGAAGCCAAACAUUCUCACCAAGUGCUGCUGUUAGCAGGAAUCAUUAUAUUUGUCGAUUGAAUCGCAGUGACAGUGACAGUAGUAUGCCACUUUACCGCCGAGGUGGUCCAUUCCAACGUAAUUCUGUGGAGAGGCGAUCACUUCGGUGGCGACGUCCAUCUUCUGCUUUAAGUUGUAAAACAGCUACGAAGAAAUCAACGCAUUUUCCCACCGCUAGAACAUCUCUUGAUCUUGAACUUGAUCUUCAAGCUCAACACGCUAAGCUCAAUAAUCUUCAUGAUGAAUUAAGUAGGUUACGUGAAUUAAAGCAAAGACUGGAACAGGCACGUGAAAAAGGUGACGCUGAUCUUGCUUCAUGGGUACUUGAAGAUCAUAAAUUCCAAGCACUUAUAGCACAAGCUGAAAGUAAUAAAAAUGGCAAAACCGUUGAAGAUAAAAAAGUUGAAAAAAUGUUAAGGAAAACUUCUAAAGAAAUAUAUAAACUCAGAAAAACCAAAGUAGGAAAAGGCAAGCCAGAUAUUAUCUCUUUUAAAGAAAAGAUGGCUUUCUUCACUCGCGUUAACUUAAGCGUUCCAGUAUUACCACCUGAUGAUACAAACUCGGAAUUAUCAACCAUACAAUACAGAAGACAUAUUUCAGAUUUAGCAAAUAGUGGAGAUUUUUCAGUACAAUCUCAAAUUGGAGCUAGUAAAAUUUUGAAAGAAAAUGCUGCAAUCAAUACAGCAUUGAUAAAUGCACGAACAAAUAGUAGCAUGAUUAAAUCAAACAAUGCCAGAACUUUAGUGUCUGCAUCAAAUGGAUUGCAUGAAGAAAAAAAUGCUGUUACGAAUCUUGCUAGCGGUUCAUCGAAAGUGGUUGAUAAAUCUAAUAAACUGUUAGAAGAAACCGAAAAUGAUAAGAGUUCAGAAGACACAGACAGUAACUCGAAGAGAUACGAGUAUGUUGUUGAUAGAGUACUAGGUGUUGAAGUUUGAUUUUUAAAAAAAUUAAACAAAAAGCAAUCUUUUUAAAAUUGUUAUGAUAUUUAAAAUAUAGUAGUAGUUAAUAUUAUUUUUAAAAUUGUAAAUUUUAAAAAAGUAUUUCUUAGAUACAAUUUUAUAUAAUUGUACGUAGAGCCUAUAAUAAUUAUUUAUUUUAAAUUUUCAUUUGUACAAUUUUUAAAAUUAUCAAUAGCAUCAUGAUUGCAAUGAUCUUCAAAUUUUAUGUACUAAGUAUAAAAAAAUGUAAAUAUCAGUAUAUAAAUUAUUUAAUUUUCACCGGUAACGUCAGUUUAAACUAUUUAAUGAUUCGAUUGGUUUUAAAAUAACCUUAUCGCUCUCGUUUUUUUAAUUUAAUUUUUUUCUUUUUUUCUUUCAUUUUAUCGUAACUAUCAAGGUGCCUUUUAAUGUUUCUUUGAAGAUUUCGAACCGUUAAGUAAAUUUUUGUAAUAUUAUAAAGCUGUAAAAUGAAGCGGUUAAAUUAUCAUCUGGCAUUAGUAGUGAUGUUAGACAGCGAAAUUGUCAGCCAAUUGACAUAAAUUGUGACUAACGGUCAUUUUUUGGAUUUAAUGUCGGUUUUCGCACCAGUCUCAUUUUGCCUAGACAAUUAUUUUAAAAAAAAUUGACCAAAAUUUUUUUUUCCGUCAUUUCGCAUCUAAGUAGAAGCAGAGAUAAAUUUUUGUAAAUAAACGAAUCGAUCGUUAUGUUGAGUGAUAUACUUGCAGUUUACUUACAAUUGCAAGUGCUCGUACAUUUAAUAUUGUCCAGGAAAUUAUUUUAUAAAAAAAUGACUGGAAAGUUAACCAAAUCAUUUUUGACGUCGAUUGACGAGCAAUUGUCAAUAAAUUUCUCGUGAUCUGACUGAACACAAAAAUAACAGUCAUUUCGCAACAUUAGGCAUUACAGUAUAAUGAUAAAUUUAACAAUUCUAAUCUCAUUAUAAAAUGAAAUGUUUUUUACAUAAGUCAUAAAAUUGUGAUUAAUAAAAUGUUUGUUUGAUAAUAAUAGAAAAAAAGAAAAACAGUAAUUGCAUUAUGUAUGUCACUCUAAUCUGUUAAUUUAAAGGUCGGCAGUACUAACCGAAUUUCCUGAGUUUAGAUUUCUAAUUACGUUUUAAAUAUUUAUAGGACUAUAAAGAUGAACAUCUUCCCAGGAAGUUCGUUUUCUGCACUUUUUUGGAAGUUGAAAAAAUCGCUGUAAUGAUAAUCAAUUAAUACGUUAAUAGAAAUCUAAAAUUUGAGAAUCUGUUGAGGUGAAACAGUAUCCGACUUCUUUCUUAGACUCAGAGAAAUGAAUAGGAUUAUCUUAAUUAUACUCGUAGGGUAAAUGAUAAUUUAAAAACAAUUUUUCUCGGAAACGAGGUUCCAAAAAACGUAAAAAGACUCUCCAUUUUAGGUUUUCGAAGAUCAUCAGUAAAUUAAAUUGAAUUUCUAAUUUUUUGCUGGUACUCGUUGAAAAAAAAUUAUAAAGAUCUCGUUCGCGGAUCGGAAUUUUCAGCGUUAAGCGACACAUAAAAAGGUACUUUGAGGGCGCGCGACCCACCGAGCAGCUGGCCUGCAAUUCAACUAAAAUUUAAUAAACCCUGUACCCUGGUUUGCUCUUGACCACGUAUUGUUCGUAGUUUUUAAAACUUAAAUUUUAUUUUUAUAAAGUUUGAAUCAAAAUUUAUUUUAUGAAAUUGGAGAGAAAACAGUCACAUUUAAAAGUAAAUACUAAGAUGAAACUGUUAAGUUUUUAAUAUAAUCGAUUCUAAAAUAAUGAUAUAUUUAAUCAUGGGUUUAUUUUUGAAAUUGCUUCAAUAUAUAUUUCAAGUAUUUAUAUUCAUUAAACAAAGAAACAAAAUUUUUUAAUCAAGAUAAAAAUAUUAUAACACAAUUGUACAUUUUUGUUCAUUAAAUCUACACAGAAAAAACAGUUAACUUGGUUCGAGAAAAAUAUUGUCUUCCGAAUUUUCUUUCUUGAUUCAAUAAAAAUGAGACACUUGAUUCAAAAACGUUUUCUUGGUUCAAGACAGUAAAUUCUUUUGCUCCAAAAAAAUUUGUUUUGAAGUGAAAUUGAAAAUUUUUUGGUUUAAAGAAAAAAAUUCUUGGCUAAAGAAAAUAAGUCAUCUCACUCCAAAAAAUCAACGUUUGGAACGAAGAAAAGUUUACUUGAACCAAGAAACUUUUUUUUGCCACAUGAAAAAAAUGUCUUGCUAUAAAAAAUAAACGUCUUGAAUGAAAAAAAAAGCCCCUUGGCCCAAGCAAAAAUUCUCUUGCUCCGUACAAUAAACUGCUUAAGUGAAAAUAAAAGUUGCUUAGGCCAUAAACUAAAAUUUCUUGCUCCCUAAGUUCGCUUCUUUUAUAAAAACUAAAAAUUUUCUCGGUCAGAAAUGUAUUCUCUCUCCGAAAGAUUGACGUGUUUAUUCUUUUCUUUUUUUUUUCUUUAUCUGAAACGUAUUUUUUUGUUUUUUUAUUUUUAUUUCGUGGAAAAUUACUCAAGUAACCAUUAAUAUUAAAUAUUAAUGUCAUGAUGUAUUAUAGAAUAUACUAUAGUACAAUCCAAAAAAGUACUUGUCACUCUGUCAAAUGACAGAGGAGUACUUGAAAAAAUCGUGUUCAAAUUUUGAAUAUAACAAUUCUAGAAUAUCUUUCUUAUCAGGGACACUGCAAGUGGCUGGGCGCGAUCUCAUAGCGAGCACCGAAUUACUCCCGCUGCUGCUGCCUAGCACCAGUGACUUUCCCCCUCUCCAUAUCUAUCUUUUUUCCCAAGAAAUUUUUUCUCUUGGCUUAAGCAACUUUUGUUUUUUUGGUCGGAGAAUACAAAAAUACUUGCGUGAAAAAAAUAGUACUUGUUCUAAGAAAUUUUAUUUUCUUUAAACAAAAAAUGCAAUAUUGCUACAAAAAAAUAAUGCAUCUUGUUUCAAAACAAAUAUCCCUUACUUUAAGAAAUAUAAACUCUUGAAACAAGUGAUAAUUUUUCGAUUUAAGCGUAAAAAUAUGUCGACGUGAGAGAAAAAAUUUUGAUUCAAGAUAGAAAUUUCAAGAUAAUUGUUUACUUGGUGCAAGUAAAUUUUGAUUUUCCGAAUCGAUCAAAUAAGUUUCUUGAAUCAAGAAUAUUUUUUUUUGAUUCACGUUAACUGUUUUUUCUGUGUAUAUCAUUUUGAAAUCAAUAUCAUCAUUAUUUAGUGGCAUGUUAUAGAUAAAAUAUUCUAUCAAAGUCAUGAUUCAGAUUAUUUUCUGCUGUAUUAAUGCUAUUAAAGAAUUUUUUUAAUUUUCUCAAAUUGUUUAUAUUUAAAUCAGCAGAUACAAUAAUUCAAUUUUUUUUCGUAUUUAAACUACCCACUAUAAGAAUAAAAAAAAAAGUCUUGUUAAUUUUUAGAAUUAAUUGUUUAAGCAAUGCCUGAAUGAUUUAGAAAUUACAAUUCAAAAGAAAUUUUUUUGUCAAUAAAUAGCAAAAAAAAAAUACCUUACCGGUUAAUCUAAUUAGAUCGAGCUUUGAUAAUUAUUUCGUUUGCCACAAAAACUUGCGGUGCUCUGAAUAGUUUAUCAAGAUUUACUUAUUAUUAAUUUUUUUCUGGCAAAUUUAAACAUAUGAUUCAUUGAUAAAAAUUAAUAAAAUAAAUUCAUUAAAAUUUUAUAAAAUCUUAUAUCCGAUUACCAUGAUUUCGAUAAGAACAAUUAAAAUCGUAAAUGAGUUAUGAAACAUUGUUGUUUUGACGUAAUUUUCAUUUAAGAUCCUGAAAUGUUCGAUAGAAAAAUUUGUUUUUUGUUAAACGCGAUGAGCUUGUAAAUACAGGGAAAAGUUUUAAAACUGAUCUAUAAUGUCAGUCAGUUGUCGUAUUUUUAUUAUUCUAACGUCCUAAUUUCUUUAAAAGAUGUAUAGAUAUUAUUUUUGUAUUAUUGUCAAAGAAACAAAAAAUAAAAAAAAACCAGUGAUUUAAGCUUUGAAUUGAGUGAUAUGAGCGAUAUAAUUUAUGCCUCAAUAUAUAUUAAUGCCUUAAAAUACAUUCUGAUGGAAUUGUGAUUAAUUACUUCGAUAAAAAAAAUUUUAAAUUUAAUUUUUAGGAAAUUUACAGCACUAGUUAUGUUUGUGAAAAGUUCAAUGCAACUGAUAUAUAUAAAUAUACUGGCUAUAUCGAAUAUAAAAUACUCAAUGUCAAUCUAAAAUUUAAAUUAUAAAAUAUACAAAAUCGGUAAAGUUUACUGAUUAAUUAAUAAAAUUUACUAUUAUUACACUGAAAAAAAGGAUUUCUUAGCGCCAGAAAAUUUUCUCUCGAUCCAAGAAAACUUUUACUUGCCUCAAGAAUUUUUUUAUAUUAUGAAUUGAAAAAUAAAAUUUUUUGGGGCACGAAACAGUUUCUUACGGCAAGAAAUUUUUUCUCUUCUAAGUAAAUUUUUGUUUCCAAUUCAUAAUGCAAAAUAUUUCUUGCGCUAAGGAAACCUUUUUUUCUGUGUAGACUUUUGAUACUAUACAGUCACUAAGAUUGGCAUAGUAGAUUUAAAUAACAUACAAAUGAUGAGAUAGGAAAAUUAAUUAUAUUGAAAAAUGUAUGAAUAUGUUAAUAUCUUAAAUUACAAUAAGCUAAUUUUAUUGAAUAAGAACAAUAGAAUCGUAAUCGCAAAUCAUAUGUAAGAAAGAAAAUAAUAAUUAUUGAGUGCCUUUUAAAAUUUUUGAAAUUGGAUUUAAAUAGAAACUAAUUUGUAUAUAUGAUUGUAAAUACGAUCAUUAUAAGUAAAAAUAAACUAUACAUAUAUAUGUUUGAAAUUAAAUAUUUUUAUGAAAUCGAUCGAUUGUUAAAUAAUUAAUAGCAUUAUAAAAAUAAAUGUAUUAAUAGUUAAUGGUAGAGCAAUCACGACAGAUGAAUAAUUAAAUCUCAAUUAUUAGAUGAUGUAGAAUGUAAAUAAAAAAAAAUGCUUCUAUUGAAAAAGUGUCACAAUUUAAAUGUGCCUACGUUUUGUUAAUACAGUUUUGUUAGUAUCAACUAUUUUCAUUUCCAAUUACCGAACGACACGAAUUGUAUUAUUAAUGUUACAAUAUAGUUUAAAACAGUCACAGUUAAUUUACUUAACUUAUAUUAUAUAGAAGCAUAAAAAAUUAUAAACCUCCCUUCUAUACUCUUUACU